AUGAAAUUAAAUCUUUAUGUACUGACUCCUAAGCGAAUUAUUUGGGAUUGUGAAGUGAAAGAAAUCAUUUUAUCCACUAAUAGUGGUCAAAUUGGGGUAUUACCAAACCAUGCCCCCAUUAACACAGCAGUAGAUAUGGGUCCUUUGAGAAUACGCCUCCUCAACGACCAAUGGUUAACGGCGGUUCUGUGGAGCGGUUUUGCGAGAAUAGUUAAUAAUGAGAUCAUUAUUUUAGGAAAUGAUGCGGAACUGGGUAGUGAUAUUGAUCCGGAAGAAGCUCAACAGGCACUUAAAAUAGCCGAAGAUAACUUGAGUAAAGCUGAGGGUACGAAAGAAUUGGUUGAAGCGAAACUAGCUCUCAGACGAGCUAGGAUACGAAUCGAGGCUGUCAAUUGGAUUCCCCCAUCCAAUUGA